AUGGAUUUUUUCAACUCUAUCAAUGGGAAUUCUGAUAACUAUUUUGGGUUUCAAGGGGUAAUAACAAAUGGAUCCUCAUCAAGUUCGUCGUUGGUAUUGGAUGAAGAAAGGGGAGAGCUUGUGAGGGCUAUGGUGAAGCCUGGCCAAAAAGAAGUUAAUGCAGAGAAGGCAUCGAUAGCUUUGAGGAACCACAGUGAGGCUGAAAGGCGUAGAAGAGAAAGAAUUAAUGGGCAUUUGAGCACUCUCAGGAGCCUCAUUCCUGGCACAGAUAAGAUGGACAAAGCAUUAUUACUGGCUGAAGUUAUCAAUAAGGUAAAAGAGUUGAGAGGGAAAGUCGCAGAAGCUACUAAAGGCACACUUGUGCCGACUGACAUUGAUGAAGUAAGAGUUGAACAACAGGCAGACGAACAUGAUGGAGCAUUCUUUUCCAUCCGGGCAUCUCUAUGUUGUGAUUACAGACACGAGAUUUUAUCCGACUUAAGACUCACACUCGAAUCUCUCCCUCUGAAGACAGUCAGGGCUGAGAUUGCUACAUUGGGAAGUAGAAUGGUGAAUGUUUUUGUAGUGACUGGAUGCAACACAGAGAAUGUCAAUAGUCCAGAAGAUUGCCAACCUCUCAUAGAUUCUGUUCGUCAGGCUCUGAAAUCUGUGCUUGAUAAAUUUUAUGCAUCGGAAGAAUCCACAUCAAGAAAUAUGGUUUCGAGAAAAAAAAGAAAAGUUUCGUUUUUCAGUCCUUCGAAUUUAUCUUCCUUGGAAGACUUCUGGUGA